AAGAGCUCGCGUGUGAUGUGUUUGUGUAUCCUCAGUGUUUUUCUCUCUUGAGUGUUUUAUUGAGUGUUAACAGAGUCUUGUCUCUGUGUAUUUUAGUGUUGAUGAUGGAUGUGAUGUGCUGUAAAUCAGGAACUGAUCAGGGCUUACAGGAUGAGGAAUCUACUGAUCAAACCUCCACAGAGUCUCUGGAUUCUGUCUGUAACGCUGGAGAACAGCAGCAGAUCCUGCAGACCAAACUCAAGAUGUGUUCAGUCAAACUCAUCGACUGCAGGAACCUCAUGAUGGAGAUCAAAACUGAACCCACAGAAAUAAAAACUGAAACCACAUCUGAUGAAUAUGAAGACAAAAACAGUGAUGGUCAUGAUUUUUUUCUGUCAGAUGUAAAGAGUGAAUUAUGUUUGGAUGGAGAAAUAACCUCCUCGACUCUUUCCUGCAUCAGCGGUGGAGAGACAUUGAGCUCACAGAGACAUUUAAAGAGAAAACACACAGAACAUGAACAUCAUCUGAAGAAACACACCAAUCAUAGACCGUAUCAGUGCAAGUCACACAAAACACUACACACUAAAGAGAAACCCUUUCAAUGUUCACACUGUGAUAAAAGUUUCAGUCAUAAAUCUCAUCUGAUAGUCCACGAAAGAAUUCACACUGGAGAGAAACCUCAUCACUGUAAUGUUUGUGGGAAGAAUUUUAGUCAACGUGAACAUUUAGUGAGACACCAGAGAACUCAUACAGGUGAAAAACCUUACAAAUGCUCUCAGUGCGAGAAAACGUUUACUCAGUCAGGUUCCUUAAAAGACCAUCAGAGACUUCAUACUGGAGAGAAACCUUACAAAUGCUCUCAGUGCGAGAAAACGUUUACUCAUUCAGGUCACUUAAAAACCCAUCAGAGAGUUCACACUGGAGAGAAACCUUACGUCUGCUCUCAUUGUGGAAAGAGCUUCUCUGAUUUAAGUUCUUUUAGAGUCCACGAGAGACUUCACACUGGAGAAAAACCUCAUCAUUGUAAUGUUUGUGGGAAGAGUUUCAGUCGACGUGACAGUUUAGUGACACACCAGAGAACUCAUACAGGUGAAAAACCUUACAAAUGUUCUCAGUGUGAGAAGACGUUUACUCAUUCAGCUUCCUUCAAAGUCCAUGAAAGAAUUCACACUGGAGAGAAACCUUACCAAUGUAAUGUCUGUGGGAGGAGUUUUAGGCAACAUGCUAACGUUUUAAAGCACCAGCGAGUUCAUACAGGAGAGAAACCUUACAUCUGCUCUCAUUGUGGAAAGAGCUUCCCUGAUUUAAGAUCUAUUAGAAUCCAUGAGAGACUUCACACUGGAGAGAAACCUCAUCACUGCAAUGCGCCUUCUCUCUCCAGUACAGCAGGAGGCGCUCUGCAGCUCUUUAGUCCGCCAAUAAACCCACUAAAGAAACAAAGAAAGAAAGAGCUCGCGUGUGAUGUGUUUGUGUAUCCUCAGUGUUUUUCUCUCUUGAGUGUUUUAUUGAGUGUAAACAGAGUCUUGUCUCUGUGUAUUUUAGUGUUGAUGAUGGAUGUGAUGUGUUGUAAAUCAGUAGGAACUGAUCUGUCCAUGCUGGAUAUUGAUGAUUUCAUUACAGAAAUUUCUCAGCUGAAGAAAGAGGUGGCGUUACUGGAGACAAAGCUGAGAUUAAGAGAUGAAGGACUGAAGAGAGAGGACUCCGAGCUCAGUCUGACUUUACUCUGUUAUACUGAGUCAAAGCCCACAGACGCUCAGGACACUACAGUGUGUGACAGUAAUCAGGGCUUACAGGAUGAGGAAUCUACUGAUCAAACCUCCACAGAGUCUCUGGAUUCUGUCUGGAACGCUGGAGAACAGCAGCAGAUCCUGCAGACCAAACUCAAGAUGUGUUCAGUCAAACUCAUCGACUGCACGAACCUCACGAUGAAGAUCAAAACUGAACCUACAGAAAUAAAAACUGAACCUACAGCAGAUGAAGAUCACACUGAGGAAGAUGAAGACAGUCAUGAUGAUGCUUUUAUUUCUUCAGAUGUGAAGAGUGAAUCAUUUUUGGAUGGAGAAAUAACGUCCUCAACAUCAGAAGAGGGACUGACAGCACAAACUCAAGAGAAGAAACUUCAUUCAGAAGAGCACAGAGAGAAGAAGAUGAAGAAAAAGUUUAACUGUCAGCAGUGUGGGAAGGAUUUUGUCAUCGUAUCUCAGCUGAAAAGUCACAUGAGGACACACAGUGGUGUAAAGUCUUUCUACUGCACUGAAUGUGGCAAAUACUUCAGCACCAAACACAAUCUUGAUGUUCAUCAGAGAAUUCACACAGGAGAAAAACCAUACGAGUGUCCUCACUGUGAGAUGAGAUUCAACCACAAAUCUUAUUUUAAAAAACACAUGCGUUUACACACUAAUGAGAGACCGUAUCAGUGCAGUAAAUGUGAAAAAACCUUUAAAGAUUCAGGUUCAUUAAAAUUACACCAGAAAAUUCACUCUGAGGAGAAACACUAUCAGUGUUCACACUGUGAUAAAGCUUUCAGUCAUGAAUCUCAUCUGAUACGCCAUAAGAGAGUUCACACUGGAGAGAAACCUUAUCGCUGUGAUGUUUGUGGGAAGAGUUUCAGUCAACAUUACAAUUUAGUGCCACACCUGAGAUCUCAUUCAGGUGAAAAACCUUACAAAUGCUCUCAGUGUGAGAAGACGUUUACUCAUUCAUUUUCCUUAAAAACCCAUAAGAGACUUCACACUGGAGAGAAACCUUACCACUGUAGUGUUUGUGGGAAGGAUUUUAAUCAACGUGAAAAUUUUGUGAGACAUCAGAGAACUCAUACAGGUGAAAAACCUUACAAAUGCUCUCAAUGUGAGAAGACAUUUGCUUAUUCAAGUAGGUUAAAAGUCCAUGAGAGGGUUCAUACGGGAGAGAAACCUUACAUCUGCUCGAUCUGUGAAGAGAGAUUUGCUUCUUUUAGAAGUCUUCAGCAUCAUCAUAAGAAGAAACAUACUGAAGAACAAACUACACUGAAAUCAUCAUAGUGCCAAUGAGAUCUGAUCAUAACGCCACAUUCCCAGAGCCACUGCAGUAUGUCAAAAGAGUGAGACGUGGCGGUACAGCACACAAAACUGUAUUUACAGCGCAUGAUGCAAUCAAACCAUUGAAACAUUUACGAAACUUUCAAAGUGAUCGAAGGACAUCUUGAAAUACAAAUGAAAAUGAUCAAGAUACAGUUUCAACUCUUGUAUCAAUCUAAUGAACUCCCCCUGCUCUUCUCGUUCCUGAAGAAUGGAGCGUAACCAAUAACGAACAUUCUAUUGGUUUUAUUGGGAAUUUUAUUGGUUCUAAUGGAAUAUAGCCCAAAACACACUACAGUGUAGUGGUUUUAAUGGUAAAAGCUAAUGGUUCCUGUUGGUAUUUUAAUGGAAACCAUUAGAAUUUUCUGUAACGGUUUUAUUGUUUUUUAAAAUGAGUCGUAGUUGAAUGACGAGGGGAAAUAUCGCGUUCAUAUUCACAGGCGAUUCAUCCGUGAUUAUGAAUGCGAUAUUUCCCCGCUCAUCAGUGAACUACGGCUCUGUGUAGUAAAAGCCGCUCCAUCUGAAAGCAGCUGAUGGUGAUUUAUUACAACUCCAGAAACCGGCUUUACUGACGAGAUGCACGUGACAAACACAUGAGAUUAAUUGUGCAGCCUAAUGUCAUGAGAAUGUUGUGAUAUCCACUGUCAGCGUUUGGUAUAAUAACACCUCCUCAUUUUAGCCAGAGCAUCGAAAAUACAACUAAGAUUGUUCAAUAAAACAUCUUUAUUUUAAUCGACAUCACUUCGUCGCUGUUGAUUUGAACUGACAACAGAAUUAAUGUUAGCAUAGCAUAACGAACUGAGUUUAUUCUUUAAAAUUUUAUCUAUGCAUUUUUCACUUACCAAACCACUUCUAUAAUACCCUUGACAUUGUGCUAAACAUGAAGUAUAAACAUAAUAGCAAAAUGUUCCCAGAUAGCAAGCAACCAUUAAUGUUAAAAACUGUUUUUUGAUUGUUUGUUGCAUUAAAUUAAUACCAGAUUUGCAACCUCCAUUAGUGUAAAAAAAUACAUUUCAACAAACCACCAUUAUGGUGAUCAGUGUUUGCUUUAGAGGAGGGCCCUUGACUUUUCAUUUCAAGCGAUGACCUGUUUCUUGGUUGUGUGAAUGUUAGAUGUUACAUUCUAUCAUAUCAGUGAUUCUUGAUCUCAGGGACAAAACAUGUCCACCAGAUAAAACACAGUUUGUGGGUAAAAAAUACUUAAUAUUAUACACAUACACUUAAAGGUGCAGUGUGUAAAUUUUAGCGUCAUCUAGUGGUGAGGUUGCGAAUUGCAACCAACGGCUCAUUCCACUGCUCACCUCUUGCUUUUAAAACACAUAGAGAUGCAACCGGACAAACAUGUCAUCGUUGGAGACAAAAAGUUUGUCUGUAAAGGGCUUCUGUAGAAACAUGGCUGCACAAAAUGGCGGCUUCCAUGUAAGGAGAGCCUCUGUGUAUGUAGAUAAAACGUCUCAUUCUUAGGCAAUAAACACAUAACGGUUCAUUAUGAAAGGUCUUUAUACACCCCUGAUAAUAUAGUUUUGUAUAUUAUUUUGCAUUUCUGUCAAGAGAUCCUUCUAAAAAUUACACACUGCACCUUUAACUACAAGACUAAAAAGGAUAAUAAACGCACAACUAAAUAUUAUUUCAUUUUGUUUUAGAAAUGUUUUUAAUUCUAAAUGAUAUGAUAUGGGACCAGUGUCUGUAAAAAUCCUUUUCCGGAAGCAGGUGUCAUUACAUUACAAUAGCUUAAAAACAAUUAAAAGUCAUUUUAAAUUAAAUGUUAUAUUUACUAUGUGUAUUUAAUGAGCAUCAAAAGUUACAACUCAAAAACUGAUUUUGUGUCCUGAGUUUUUGUCAACACCGUCAGACUUUUUAAAAAAAAUAAAAUAAUCAGGAAUCAUUGAGGGCAACCAAAACUCUGAGGACCCCUUUAUCACUUCCUUUUUUUUUCAAAUGCCAUGAGACCACUCUAGCUCUGGUAAGUUUUUAAUAUUCUUUUAAAUGUAUACCUAUUUGGUAAUACUUUGCAUGUCACA